GUCAAUAAACAAGCCCCAAAUCAAAGCCUAUUCGGGUCCAUCUCUCUCGCGGUUUCUAGGGUUUCAAAUUCCCCUCACAUAUCGUAAAAUCCAAUUCAUUCUGGCUAUACCCAUAAAUUUUCUAGGGUUUAUUUCAUCAUAGAAACGAUAAGAUGCCUCAGAGACACUCGAAGAACAACAACGAUUUAGCUUUCUUCACCUAUGACGAGAAGCGAAAGCUCGGAUACGGGACCCAGAGGGAAAGGCUGGGCAAGGACUCGAUUAAGCCUUUUGAUGCUUGCUGUCUCUGCUUGAAACCCUUAAUCGAUCCUAUGUCUUGCCAGAAAGGUCAUGUCUUCUGCAAAGAAUGCAUUCUCGAGUGUCUUUUAGCCCAAAAGAAGGACAUCCAAAGGAAGCUAGCUGCCCAUGAAUCACAGAAGAAACAAGAAAAGGAAGAGGAGGAAGAGAAGUUAAUGUUGCAGAAAGCUAGAGAACUGGAUGCUUUUGAUCAGCAAAACCAUGGUGCAGUUCCACAGUACAGUGAUAGAAACCAGGGCCAAGACAAAAAUGGUUUCCAUGGGGCAAACAGUGUGAAAGUCACUUCGUAUGAAGAGGAGGCACUUCGAACAAUGAAAGCAUUUUGGCUGCCCUCAGCUACACCUGAAGCUCCUGUUAAAAUAGACACCCCCUCCACGAGUACAAUCUGUCCAGAAGGGAAGGAAAAGCUUAAGAUGAAGAGCCUUUUCCCCAUCUAUCUCACAGAAGACAAUAGUGAAAAGAAAUCCAGUGCCCUUGAUAAGACCUAUAUCUGUCCCAGCUGCAAGGUUACUCUUACUAAUACACUGUCACUGGUUGCACUCAGCUCAUGUGGGCAUGUCUUCUGCAAGAAGUGCGCGGACAAAUUUAUGGCUGUGGAUAAAGUUUGUCUGGUUUGUAAUAAGGCGUGCAAGGAAAGGAAUUUGGUGAACUUGGAAAAGGGUGGAACAGGCUUUGCUGGUCAUGGGGAUAAUCUUUUAGCAACAGAUUUUAAGCAUUUAGGUAGUGGUUCAGGAUUGGGGCUGGUAAGACCAGCAGCAAUGAAGAUCUAAAAUGUCACCAUAAUUGUUUAAUACCGGAUAUUGAUACCAGUUACUUUUGUGAAGCUAGAAUGGUGCUCCAGGAUCUUACCGUGUAUUGACUGGGCCUUCCAUCAACGUCAGUGUUUAUUUCGGUUCUUUUUUCUUUUUGCCUUUUUAUGAGUUUGUAAGGUAGAAACAUUAAUGCUAAGUUGAUAACUGUGUAUGCUUUUAUAUGAUUGUUUACGGGUCUACAAGCCCACGCUUUUCAAUGUUUGUAUCGAAUGUUAUUAUGCGACUCUGCAAUGCAAGGGUUUCUUUACUAAA